AUGCAGACCAUUGAACGAGUUAUCCGUAUGCAACAGGGACCACCUUGGGGAUUCCGACUAGCAGAUACAUUUAAUGGCAAUCUUGUUGUUUCUCAAAUUCGAAGACAGAGUCCAGCAGAAUUGGCCGGUCUUCGAGAAAAUGACGUCGUUCUUGCCAUCAACAACUAUUCCACAAGGGGAUUGAAUCGGUCAUAUGCGAUUGACAUUAUUAAUGCCGCUGUCUACGAAUUAAAUCUUGUUGUUCAAAGGCAGGAGCGUCGGAAGCCGCAGAUGAUGACCUUUUUCCUGGAUACCAGUGCUGCCCGAGGUCAGACAGUGCGCCAGGAGAUGGCUUCACGUGAUCUCGACAUCUCCUGGCGAAAGGAGGUGCCUCCGGCACCGCCGGAGCCGCGGCGCAUUAAGCCUGCCGAUCCAACAGUCACUCCAGUCUCUCUCGAUCGUCUCCUACGUGAGUUCGAGGCUCCAAAAGCGACACCGCCCACCAAGAGUAAGUCACAGAUCCAAAAUUGCUUAUUGGACGUAAUCACAACUUACAAUCGCAUGAUCGAAAAUCAGACUUUUGAAAAUAAUCCACCGCCUACAUUUAUAGAGCGCACCUUUGCGAAUUCGGCUUUUUACACUGGGACAAAUGUGUACUACCCGAGCGUGGAGGAGCAGAUUGAAAUGGCGCGACGAGUGGCGAAGAGCAUUGAGGCUCCUGUGAAUCAAGGCUCUCGCGGUGCCAGAAUGUUUGAGGUGCAACAACAAAGAGCGGAAAAAUACGUGAAAGAGGGUCCAGAGCCGAUUCCUGAUCCCCUGGAUAACGUUAGUUUACAGUCAACUGCGCAUGUGUCGUGGUGUUUUUCAAGUUCAGCUUCCUCUGCAUCCAUCAAACGCAACAGCUUGACCUCCUCUCCAUCCUCCUUUUUACGCGUCAACAACGACGAUGACCAAACCCACAACGACCAAUAUCAGGCCACGGCCCAGCAGCUGGAGUAUAUGAUUCCGCCAGCUCCUCCGCCUCCACCUCCUCCAGCAGCACCGAGUUUCCCCACUCUGACAUCUACCAUACCCCCUGCGCCCCCACCUCCACCGCCACCGCCAGGGCAACCGCGUUCAAUACAGGAGUUCAUUGAAAAGAUGCGCCGUUUCCCAAAAAACACUCACACUGAGAUCUCGCCACAGGUUUGCUUUGAUAUUGCAACAGCACUGCAUACUUCAGGCAGCCGAGGUGGGACCAUGUUUGCGAAGCGCCGAGCAAAGGCACAGAAUUGGGAGGUGGAGAGUACAGGCGUAGCUCCCCCAGUAGUGGAGCCGAAACAGGCUGAUCGACCCAAGUUGAUAUCAAAGUUAGAGCAGCAGCACCAGCAUCAAGUAUAUCGAGCACACCAGCAGCCCACGCCACCUCCGCCUUCGCAGCAGCAGAGCCGAAACUCUCUCACUGGUCUUGUACGGAUGAACGAACUGUCCUCUAGACCUCAACCACCUAAUUUAGCUUCACCGCUUAAUGUGCCUAAGAGAGUAUUUGAUAAAGCAGGUAUCAACGAAAGCACUGAUCUGCGUUCUAUCAAGCGUGCGAAUUCCAACCAAUCAGAGAGGGUGCAGUCCGUGGCAGAAAUCGAUGUCCGCGGACUGUCUUCCCCACUGACAGGGUGGGGCUACAUGCAGGCGCGUAUGACAUCGAACGCCACUGUGCCACCUCCAUAUCAAGGAGACCACGAUCCCUUCAACCUAUUACGAUUCAUUCAAAUGAAUUUGCUCAGUUCAAUUUUCUUUACUUUUGUGGCGACGACUCUUAUUACAUCAACCGGCGCCUACCCUCACUGGAGCGUAUACGACAGUCUUGACACGUAUGGUGAUUACAUUGAUAAUGUCAGCCGACAGCACGAUCAGAUUCAGAAGCGCUUUCUUCUCGGUCUCGGCCUUACCAAGAACACACCAGGCAAAGAAAUUUUCUUCACCUCGGGUGGGCUGAAGAAACCUUACCAUCGGCAAUAA